GGGCCACAGCCGUGGGCUCCCCUCAGUCCCGGGCCCCCGGCGCUGGGGAGCUGCCAUUGUCUGGCUCUUCUCUCUUAAAAUGGCUGCCUGUCUGCCUUCCUCUCUUUCCCUCCUUUAGCCUUUGUGUCGGGCUUUCCCAGAGGUGUCUGCUCCUCUUCUCCCUCUUCCCUGGUCCCUUCGAACUCCGGGGGUCUUACAGGGGGUGCGGGGCAGUGUGUGUGGGAAAGGGCCAGGCCCAGGGUGAGGGGUUGUUGGGGGCUCAGGUUAGGGGUGUAGGCAGUGGUAGGAGCUUGGGAGUUGAGUGACCAUUUCUUUGCUCACUUGCCGCUCCUCUCUGUCCCCUUGCCUUCCUCUAGGCCGCCCCCAUCUGUGCUUUCAAGGAGGGGCCCCUGGAACUCGUGGGGACCUCGAGGGAGGGCAGGGACCUGGUUGGGGGCAGCUAGAGGCCGGCUGUGGUUCACCCAGGGCAGCCUGGGCCAUCUCCUGUCUUGGGCUUCGCUGGCCUAGUGGCCUGGGCUUCUCCCUGGAAGUGCUGGUAAACAGCUGAGUGAUUGGAGUAGUAAGUGCAGAUUGCUUUGGUUUGGGAUUUGAAUUAUGGAGGUAAAAUCCUUCUGUCAAAGCCAGGAGACAGUUGGUCUUAGGUUGACAUCCUAUCUGUGAUCUGAUUGGCUCCCCAUCUCCUGCUCUUGGCCAUUUAUAAUUGCCUCUGAUGUAAUGGUACAACAAUCCUGAUGAGCUCAUAAACUUUUACACUCUGCUUUUCUGCCAGUGAUAACCCAAACCAUCGCUGCCACUAUUUGCCUUUUAUUCCAGAACUGAAAUUGGCUGUGACCUUGAGGAGGGAGGUUUAAGCGGCAAUACUGUAUCAGCAGGAGCAGAGCCCCAGACUGGCUGCCCUUGUUACAUUGUGCCCGAAACAAAAGAGGAGGCAAUGGCAUUUUGCUUGUACCUUGGAUUUAUUUUGCUUGUUAUGUUUUAUGCAGCCUGAAAUGGAUUCUGUGUUGUCAGAACAGUAGCUGAGUUUUUUCUCUACAAUGGGUUUGCUGUUUGUUUUGGUUUUGUGACUUUCCUGAUGAUAUAAAUGACUUCUUUGAUGGCUCAGAAGAUGCAUUUGUCUUGAGUAAUUUUGACACUGUUUGCUUUGCAGAAUUGAAAUUAUUUUACUGGGCUUUUUAUUGAGUGGCAAAUAUGGGAUCAUUAUGGGGGGGGGAGAAAACAUUUUUUUGUUUGUUUAGAACUGGGAGCUUUCUUAGGGAAUUUCAUAUUAGGUUCAAGUGUUUUGUUUUAAGGAAGGCUGGCAUCAUUCUUUGUUUACAUGUUGAAUCUUGUUAACACUUUCUUUUUUAAUUGAACUUUGGGAUAGCAGCUUAAUUUCAAAGGAAGCUGAUACCUUUCAUGGUCUUGAGAGGGACUUUCGUUUUUCUCCUAAAGACUUGGUUUGGUGAAAUUUAUCUUUUGUUUCUGGAAUGUAAAAAAAGGCUAGUUUUCUGUUUUGUCAUCAGUCAUUUUAGAGCUUUGAAAUAAGAGAUUGGCCAUUUUAAUGUAUGUUCCAUUUUUCCCUGUCUUCCAAGAUAUAAAGAUAUCUUGGGAAGAUUUGCUUACAAACUGUAACUUUCACGUACCUUUUUAUACAUUCUGUUCUGUUUUAUUUGCUUUUCUUCCCUCUUUCCCAUACUCUGUCUUCAGUCCUUUGGUCAGAAUAAUUGGGUAUUUUAUGGAGUUUUGUAUGUUUUCAGAGAAGAGCAAAGUUCUGAUAAUAUCCCCCCCCUCAGCAUUUGUACCUUUGUGCUUGGAGAAGAUUUUGUUCACUUAGUUGGCCUAAUUAUUUGUAUUCCCUCCCCAUCCUAGAGCUACUUUUCUACUUUUCCAUUAAGCUGGAAAUUUUGAAAAUAGCUGUGUUAGAUGGUGGGCUUGGAGCUCUGUGCCUUAAUUCCACAUCUUCAAUGAUGUUCUGCAUCUGGGCAAGAAAUAGGGGAAUGUUAAAUUGUUUUGCUAUCAGCUCUGCAGUUUCUUAAAAAAAAAAAAAAAAAAAGAAAGAAAUUGUUUUGCUAGUGUUUGGAGAAUAAGUUUUGUCUUAGAAGACAGCAUCCUUUUUUUUUUCCAGCCCAGGUUCUGAUCCGACAGAGGUCAUCUUCUUGUCUCCAGGCCAUUCUAUAAUCUAUGCCCCCCUUCCCCUCAUUCCCUCUCUUUUGUUUUGUUUUGGCUGAAAACUAUUAGAGGAAAUAAUUUGGGGUAAGUCAAGGCUCAUUUGAAAGCAAAAUUGAUUUGAAUUCUAAUGGUUUGGGAAUACUUGGGUAAACUUUAAAAAAUAAAAAAACCAACUUUUGCCACAUUGAUUUCUGUUUUUCAGUGAUUACAUUAUUGAACAUCUUCUACAUUCUAGGUAGUAUGUUCUGUCCUGGGUAGGAAAAUAGGAAAAUAGAUAGAUGAUAGGAAAAUAGAUACAGUUCCUGUUUAGAAGCCUGUCUGUGCUGCCUUUGGGAUGAAUUUUCUGAUCUCUUUUAAUAUCAUUAGAAUCCAGCCCUCCACACAAUAUAGAAUUCUAUUUAGUUUUAGUUCAGUUGCCUACUCCCUGGAGACCAGAGGAAUGGAUUGGUUAGCAUUCAUUUGUGGAAGAAAUGGUGCAACUUCUAGUUUUGUGGGCUUCUUCAGCCAUCCAGUCCAAUGGAUCAGAUGGGCAAGAUGAGACCUCAGCCAUAUGGCGGGACUAACCCAUACUCGCAGCAACAGGGACCUCCGUCAGGACCGCAGCAAGGACAUGGGUACCCAGGGCAGCCAUAUGGGUCUCAGACCCCGCAGCGGUACCCGAUGACCAUGCAGGGCCGGGCGCAGAGUGCCAUGGGCGGCCUCUCUUAUGUACAGCAGAUUCCUCCUUAUGGACAACAAGGCCCCAGUGGGUAUGGUCAACAGGGCCAGACUCCAUAUUACAACCAGCAAAGUCCUCACCCCCAGCAGCAGCAGCCACCAUACUCCCAGCAACCACCAUCCCAGACCCCUCAUGCCCAACCUUCAUAUCAGCAGCAGCCACAGUCUCAGCCAUCACAGCUCCAGUCCUCUCAGCCUUCGUACUCUCAGCAGCCAUCCCAGCCCCCACAUCAACAAUCCCCGACUCCAUACCCCUCCCAGCAGUCCACGACACAGCAGCACCCCCAGAGCCAGCCCCCCUAUUCACAGCCACAGGCACAGUCUCCCUACCAGCAGCAGCAACCCCAGCAGCCAGCACCCUCGACGCUCUCCCAGCAGGCUGCGUAUCCUCAGCCCCAGUCUCAGCAGUCCCAGCAAACUGCCUAUUCCCAGCAGCGCUUCCCUCCACCACAGGAGCUAUCUCAAGAUUCAUUUGGGUCUCAGGCAUCCUCAGCCCCCUCAAUGACCUCCAGUAAGGGAGGGCAAGAAGAUAUGAACAUGAGCCUUCAGUCAAGACCCUCCAGCUUGCCUGAUCUGUCUGGUUCAAUAGAUGAUCUCCCCAUGGGGACAGAAGGAGCUCUGAGCCCUGGAGUGAGCACAUCAGGGAUUUCCAGCAGCCAAGGAGAGCAGAGUAAUCCAGCUCAGUCUCCAUUCUCUCCUCAUACUUCCCCUCACCUGCCUGGCAUCCGAGGCCCCUCCCCGUCCCCUGUUGGUUCCCCCGCCAGUGUUGCUCAAUCUCGCUCAGGACCACUCUCGCCUGCUGCAGUGCCAGGCAACCAGAUGCCACCUCGGCCACCCAGUGGCCAGUCGGACAGCAUCAUGCAUCCUUCCAUGAACCAAUCAAGCAUUGCCCAAGAUCGAGGUUAUAUGCAGAGGAACCCCCAGAUGCCCCAGUACAGUUCCCCCCAGCCCGGCUCAGCCUUAUCUCCGCGUCAGCCUUCCGGAGGACAGAUGCACACAGGCAUGGGCUCCUACCAGCAGAACUCCAUGGGGAGCUAUGGUCCCCAGGGUGGUCAGUAUGGCCCACAAGGAGGCUACCCCAGGCAGCCAAACUAUAAUGCCUUGCCCAACGCCAACUACCCCAGUGCAGGCAUGGCUGGAAGCAUGAAUCCCAUGGGUGCUGGAGGUCAGAUGCAUGGACAGCCGGGCAUCCCACCUUAUGGCACACUUCCUCCAGGGAGAAUGAGUCACGCCUCCAUGGGCAACCGGCCUUAUGGCCCUAACAUGGCCAAUAUGCCACCUCAGGUUGGGUCAGGGAUGUGUCCCCCUCCAGGGGGCAUGAACCGGAAAACUCAAGAAACUGCUGUCGCCAUGCAUGUUGCUGCCAACUCUAUCCAAAACAGGCCACCAGGCUACCCCAAUAUGAAUCAAGGGGGCAUGAUGGGAACUGGACCUCCCUAUGGACAAGGGAUUAAUAGUAUGGCUGGCAUGAUCAACCCUCAGGGACCCCCAUAUUCCAUGGGUGGGACCAUGGCCAACAAUUCUGCAGGGAUGGCAGCCAGCCCAGAGAUGAUGGGCCUUGGGGAUGUCAAAUUAACUCCAGCCACCAAAAUGAACAACAAGGCAGAUGGGACACCCAAGACAGAAUCCAAAUCCAAGAAAUCCAGUUCUUCUACUACAACCAAUGAGAAGAUCACGAAGUUGUAUGAACUGGGUGGUGAGCCUGAGAGGAAGAUGUGGGUGGACCGUUAUCUGGCCUUCACAGAGGAGAAGGCCAUGGGCAUGACAAAUCUGCCUGCUGUGGGUAGGAAACCUCUGGACCUCUAUCGCCUAUAUGUGUCUGUGAAGGAGAUUGGUGGAUUGACUCAGGUCAACAAGAACAAAAAAUGGCGGGAACUCGCGACCAACCUGAAUGUAGGCACAUCAAGCAGUGCUGCCAGCUCCUUGAAAAAGCAGUAUAUCCAGUGUCUCUAUGCCUUUGAGUGCAAGAUUGAACGGGGAGAAGACCCUCCCCCAGACAUCUUUGCAGCUGCUGAUUCCAAGAAGUCCCAGGCCAAGAUCCAGCCUCCUUCUCCUGCGGGAUCAGGGUCUAUGCAGGGGCCACAGACUCCUCAGUCAACCAGCAGUUCCAUGGCAGAAGGAGGAGACUUGAAGCCACCAACUCCAGCAUCCACACCACAUAGUCAGAUCCCCCCCUUGCCAGGCAUGAGCAGGAGCAAUUCAGUUGGGAUCCAGGAUGCCUUUCCUGACGGAAGUGACUCCACAUUCCAGAAGCGGAAUUCCAUGACUCCAAACCCUGGGUACCAGCCCAGUAUGAAUACCUCUGACAUGAUGGGGCGCAUGUCCUACGAGCCAAAUAAGGAUCCUUAUGGCAGCAUGAGGAAAGCUCCAGGGGGUGAUCCCUUCAUGUCCUCAGGGCAGGGCCCCAACGGCGGGAUGGGUGACCCUUACAGCCGUGCUGCCGGCCCUGGGCUGGGAAAUGUGGCGAUGGGACCACGACAGCACUAUCCCUACGGAGGUCCUUAUGACAGAGUGAGGACGGAGCCUGGAAUAGGGCCCGAGGGAAACAUGGGCACUGGGGCCCCACAGCCGAAUCUCAUGCCUUCCAACCCAGACUCGGGGAUGUAUUCUCCUAGCCGCUACCCCCCGCAGCAGCAGCAGCAGCAGCAGCAGCAGCAGCAGCAGCAGCAGCAGCAGCAACGACAUGAUUCCUAUGGCAAUCAGUUCUCCACCCAAGGCACCCCUUCCGGCAGCCCCUUUCCCAGCCAGCAGACCACAAUGUAUCAGCAGCAGCAGCAGAAUUACAAGCGGCCAAUGGAUGGCGCAUAUGGCCCUCCUGCCAAGCGGCACGAAGGGGACAUGUACAGCGUGCCGUACAGCACUGGGCAGGGGCAGCAGCAGCAGCAGCAGCUGCCCCCAGCCCAGCCCCAGCCUGCCAGCCAGCAACAAGCUGCCCAGCCUUCCCCUCAGCAAGAUGUAUACAACCAGUAUGGCAAUGCCUAUCCUGCCACUGCCACCGCUGCUACUGAGCGCCGACCAACAGGCGGCCCCCAGAACCAAUUUCCAUUCCAAUUUGGCCGAGACCGUCUAUCUGUACCCCCUGGCUCCAGUGCCCAGCAGAACAUGCCACCACAAAUGAUGGGCGGCCCCAUACAGGCUUCAGCUGAGGUUUCUCAGCAAGGCACCAUGUGGCAGGGGCGUAAUGACAUGACCUAUAAUUAUGCCAACAGGCAGAGCACGGGCUCUGCCCCCCAGGGCCCUGCCUAUCAUGGUGUGAACCGAACAGAUGAAAUGCUGCACACGGAUCAGAGGGCCAACCAUGAAGGCCCGUGGCCUUCCCAUGGCACACGCCAACCUCCAUAUGGUCCCUCUGCCCCAGUACCCCCCAUGACAAGGCCCCCUCCAUCUAACUACCAGCCCCCGCCAAGCAUGCAGAAUCACAUUCCUCAGGUAUCCAGCCCCGCUCCCCUGCCCCGGCCAAUGGAGAACCGUACCUCUCCUAGCAAGUCUCCAUUCCUACACUCUGGGAUGAAAAUGCAGAAGGCAGGUCCCCCAGUACCUGCCUCGCACAUAGCACCUGCCCCUGUGCAGCCCCCCAUGAUUCGACGGGAUAUCACCUUCCCACCUGGCUCUGUUGAAGCCACACAGCCUGUGUUGAAGCAGAGGAGGCGGCUCACAAUGAAAGACAUUGGAACCCCGGAGGCAUGGCGAGUAAUGAUGUCCCUCAAGUCUGGGCUCCUGGCUGAGAGCACGUGGGCAUUAGACACCAUUAACAUCCUGCUAUAUGAUGACAACAGCAUCAUGACCUUCAACCUCAGUCAGCUCCCAGGGUUGCUAGAGCUCCUUGUGGAAUAUUUCCGACGAUGCCUGAUCGAGAUCUUUGGCAUUUUAAAGGAGUAUGAGGUGGGUGACCCAGGACAGAGAACACUACUGGACCCUGUGAGAUUCAGCAAGGUGUCUAGUCCAGCCCCCAUGGAAGGGGAAGAAGACGAAGAACUUCUAGGUCCCAAACUUGAGGAGGAAGAAGAGGAAGUAGUUGAAAAUGAUGAGGAGAUGGCCUUUUCGGGCAAGGACAAACCAGCUUCAGAGAGUAGUGAGGAGAAGCUGAUCAGUAAGUUUGAUAAGCUUCCAGUAAAGAUCGUACAGAAGAAUGACCCAUUUGUUGUGGACUGCUCAGAUAAGCUUGGGCGUGUGCAAGAGUUUGACAGUGGUCUGCUGCAUUGGCGGAUUGGUGGGGGGGACACGACUGAGCAUAUUCAGACCCACUUUGAGAGCAGGAAAGAGCUGCUGUCUUCCAGGCCUCAUGCACCCUGUCCACCAGCUCCCCGGAAACAUGUCACGACAGCAGAGGGUAUGCCAGGGACAACAGAACAGGAGGGGCCUCCGCCUGAUGGCCCUCCAGAAAAACGGAUCACAGCCACUAUGGAUGACAUGUUGUCUACCCGGUCUAGCACAUUGACCGAGGAGGGAGCUAAGACUACAGAGGCCACCAAGGAGAGCAGUAAGUUUCCAUUUGGCAUUAGCCCAGCGCAGAGCCACCGGAACAUCAAGAUCCUAGAGGAUGAACCCCACAGUAAAGAUGAGACCCCACUGUGUACUCUUCUGGACUGGCAGGAUUCCCUUGCCAAGCGCUGUGUCUGUGUCUCUAAUACCAUCCGAAGCCUGUCAUUUGUGCCAGGCAACGACUUUGAGAUGUCCAAACACCCAGGGCUGCUGCUCAUCCUAGGGAAGCUGAUCCUGCUGCACCACAAGCACCCAGAACGGAAGCAGGCACCACUAACUUAUGAGAAGGAGGAGGAACAGGACCAAGGGGUGAGCUGCAACAAAGUGGAGUGGUGGUGGGACUGCUUGGAGAUGCUCCGGGAAAACACCUUGGUCACACUCGCCAACAUCUCAGGGCAGUUGGACCUCUCCCCAUACCCUGAGAGCAUUUGCCUGCCUGUCCUGGACGGACUCCUACACUGGGCAGUUUGCCCUUCAGCUGAAGCCCAGGACCCCUUCUCCACCCUGGGCCCCAACGCCGUCCUCUCCCCCCAGAGACUAGUCUUGGAAACCCUUAGCAAACUCAGCAUCCAGGACAACAAUGUGGACCUGAUCCUGGCCACACCCCCCUUCAGCCGCCUGGAGAAGUUAUAUAGCACCAUGGUGCGCUUCCUCAGUGACCGAAAGAACCCAGUGUGCCGGGAGAUGGCCGUGGUACUGCUGGCCAACCUGGCGCAGGGGGACAGCCUGGCAGCCCGUGCCAUUGCAGUACAGAAGGGCAGCAUCGGCAACCUCCUGGGCUUCCUAGAGGACAGCCUCGCUGCCACGCAGUUCCAGCAGAGCCAGGCUGGCCUCCUCCACAUGCAGAACCCACCCUUUGAGCCAACUAGUGUGGACAUGAUGCGUCGGGCUGCCCGCGCGCUGCUUGCCCUGGCCAAGGUGGAUGAGAACCACUCAGAGUUUACUCUGUACGAGUCACGGCUGUUGGACAUCUCGGUAUCACCAUUGAUGAACUCAUUGGUUUCACAAGUCAUUUGUGAUGUACUGUUUUUGAUUGGCCAGUCAUGA